AUGCAUAUUCGUACACGUCUAUUCGCAGUGGCUGCACCGGCUCCAGCUGCCUACAGUCCUCCGGCUCGCGUCCCUUUCAACGGAGCGCCCGCUGCUCGCCCGGCCUACGCUUCGGCGGCGCCAGUGGCUCCACUCUCUUACGGUGCGCCCUCGCCCUUCGCCUUCAAGUCGGCACCCGUGGCUCCAGUGUCGUACGCUGCCCCAUCACCAUUCGCGGCCAAAGCCUCGCCCGCUGGGCCGGCGUCCUAUGGCGGUCUCGCACCAGCCCCCUUCAGGUCAUCGCCUCCUGGACCAGCGUCGUACGGUGGUCCGGCGCCAGCACCUUUCAGUUCAUCGCCCGCCGGACCAGCGGCCUAUGGUGGUCUGGCGCCUGCACCCUUCAGGGCGUCGUCUGUAGCUCCCGCGCCUUACUGGCCUCCGGCUUCCGGGACUUACAAGGCGGCACCAUUUGCUCCCGCUGGCUAUGGCCCUGCCGCGCCUGCAGCGUCACAUUUCGGUGGUCCGGUGAUGCCGUUCACCGGUGCCGGAGUUGCAAUGCCGGUUGGCCACCACUACGUCUACAGACAGGACAACUUUGUGACCGUCCCCGCUGCUGGGAGACCGCACGCAGCGCCACCAGCGCCGCAUCCCUACCCUGGGCCGCACUCCGCUCCGCAUGCGGGACCUGUGGCUCACGUGACCACGUCGCACGCGUACGGCCACAAGAUUGCACACGCGCUAGGCGGAGGUUACCACAGUUAUACGACCUUCUAGGUGAAACAAACUCUGCGGUUGAUCGUCCAAAGGCAAAACGUCAAUUCAAGCGAACAAAAAGACCUUGCGGGUUUUACGGGACCAUGCAGGGAGGGUACCUCGAAAGAGUGAAAGUCAUUACUGCUCUAGAAACUGUGUCAGAAGCAUUGUAAGUCUCGUGCCGUAUGACUAUUAUUGCCUUUCUUUAGACUGUUAUUUCGUGACCGCGUUGGAGCGAAGUGACGGCGUAUCCAUUGCCCAAUUUUAGUGGCCAAAUACUCAGCGAUACCGGGUGUUUUACGUAGAGAAAUGCGAAGAAGAAAACUAAAAGCUAAGAGGCAACGUAAGAAAACUUUCAUUCGCUUGAUGUAGAAGUGUAUUAAAAUUCUGACGUGAAAUUCUACAUGUGCAUUGGUUGCUUUUAAGGCGAAAGUCUUUAAGUGGCUGGUUGUAAUGGCUCAUACCCGAAGAAAGCAGCCUGUAGUUGAGUGGUUCAAAAAUAUUCAUCAAGUCAAGUGGUUCAAAAAAAGUUGACGAGUGUUACAAAAAUAUCACCAUCAGCAAUGGCUCAUUAAAAGAAAGACAGUCUGGAAGGGUUCAUAGCCUUGUAAGCAAACAAAUAUGCAAUGACUGAAUAUGAAUGAAAACAAAAAAAAAGAGAAAGAAUGGGGGAAAGAAAGGAAACAUACACAUCAGGAAUGGCCCAUGCCCCCGCAAGCAAGCAAAGAUGCAAUGGCUGAAUAUGAAAGACGGAACGAAAAAAGAAGAAAGAAUAAAAGAAGUAACGAAAUAAAGAGUGAAAGAAAGUAAGGAAAGAAGCAAAGAAAGCAAGAACUAAAGAAAGAACGAAAUAACCUUAAUGUAGUGCAUUAGGUGCUUGCAUGUGUCGAUGAGGAAAUCCAUCUACAGCGCAGUGUACUUACUUCACACUGCAGCUCGUUAUGUCUUGAAAGAAGUCUGACCCUCCGAUCAGAUAACUUAAUUACCACAUGUGCAGUAGGCUUUCGCCUUCAUGAGUUGCAGGUGUAACAUGCCGCUGAUUUUGUUUUUGUUUUUUCUUCAUUUGUUUCUGUUUUUUUUUUAUUUGAGGAGGGGCUCGCACAAGGAAAGAGAAAACGAUGUUCCAACAUUACGAACAGAAAAGCCCACCGCAAUACAUUUCUGCCCAUCCCACCAAUAACGGAAGGCAAUGAGGCAAAAGCCUGCAUAAUAAAUCAGAAGGAAGACAGCGCAGCAAAUUUGUUGUUGCGCGUUCAUUUUAAACUCAAUAACUGCGUAAUUUAACCGAACCUAUAACACAUAAUAAAGGUUGCUUCCUUCCUUUUUUUUUCUUGCAGUGUUUCCUUUCUUCUAUUUAAUAAAAUUAUGACUGCCUUACAA